AAUCCACAAUAAAAAAAGUUGAUUAAUAAGAAAAAUCAUGAAUAAAACACGUGACAUGACUUGAUUCAAUCGACGUUGUCAUUCAAACAGGAAGCGUUAAAUUUUUGUUUUACAAAGAUUAUUAAUACACAGUGAUUUCAGAACAAAGAUUUCUCUUGAUUGUCAAAAAAAUUAUCUGGUGAACAAAAUUGAAUUGAAUCGUAAAAAAUGGCUCAUCAACUCAAUAAUGUUGAAAAUAAAUGUUUGUUAUGUCUACCAUCUAAAACAUUGAUGAUGAUAAUAAUAAUGACUUUAUCAUCAAAAUCGUUGUGGUUAUAUUUGGCCAUUUUCAUUUUACAAUCAUCAUCAACAAUCGUCAAUGGCUAUCUGUUUUCUACGAAUUCAGGCCAAUCUUUGAGCUUGUCCUCGUCAUCAUCAUCAUCAUCAUCACGUUCAUCCGUCCAUCGUUUCUCGAAUCUUUAUGGAACUAUCAUCCAUUGUCAAGAUUAUUUACAACCUAUUACAACAACAAAAUCAUCUUCAUCAUCAUCAACAUUGACCACCAAUUCCAUUAAUCAUCAUAUGAGUCAUUUGUUGCCCAGGCCAUCAUCAUCAACAACCAAAUCAUCAUUAUUAAUGAUAGAAAAUGGAUUGGAACAUGAUCUACAAUCGAUGCUUGAUCUUGCCUAUCAACAAUAUUCAAAUAAUAUAUCAUUUGAAUGGCAAGUUGGUUUUCAACAACAAUCAUCCCAACAAUCAUCAUCAUCAUCAUUACAAUAUCAAAAAGCAAUCGAUUUAGCGCAAUUACGUUCAACCAAUCCAAAGGAUGGUACAUUAGCAUUAUCACCAUUUGGACUGGACUCAUUCAUACCAGAUGUACAUGAUGCAUAUUAUCGAUGUUUAUUACAUAUGCCCAAUGGCUAUGGUAUUAUUACAAGUCGUGAAUUACAUUUACAAGCUGUGGUCGAACGUUUUACAACUAAUAGAGCAUCAACAAUCAAAUCAUCUACAAACACUAUUAAUAUGGAUCAUCACACAAGUGCCAAACAACGUUUAACACACGAACAAACAUUAUCAAUGGAUGAUCAAAUGAUUCGUGUACGAGUAUUGAAUUCAUCCGAAGUAUAUGAAGGAAAUGAUGCAAUAUUGAAAUGUGAAUUCAAUCGUUAUAAUUCGUUAUAUGAAGUAGCCGCUUGGUUUCGUGAUGAUGGAAAAAUUUAUUUACCAUUAGAACGUCUUGUAUCUAGUAUACGUCGUACAUUGUCCGGUGGAUUAUCAACGUCAUCAUCAACAUCAUCAUCAUCAUCAUCGUCAUCAUCAUCAUUAUCGUCCAAUACAGUUCACUAUGUGAAUUUUUCUACAAUCAGACAUUUUGUUUUACCUGGUAGUGGAGAUUUGCUCAUCUCAAGCGUUAGCUAUCGUGAUGCUAAGCAUCGUUAUCGUUGCCAAAUUCGUCAUCAAAUCACAAAUCAUCGUCAAUAUUCUCAAUCAUGGGCACACAUUUUAUUCAAAAAAACAAAUGAUUUUUACAAUUCGGGUCCAAGACUUAAUCCACAAUUACAAAGUCGUCAUACAAUUGCGAUUGAUGAAGGUGAAUCAGCUUUCUUCUAUUGUUCAUUUGAUGGUUAUCCAACACCUAUGGUUGAAUGGUACCAUACUGAUUUGAAAACUCUAAGUACAUUUGGUCCUGAAUCUAUUGCCCAAUCAUCAUAUACGAUUGGUUAUGAGCCGUAUGUUGCUCACUCAUCAUCAAAUAAAAAUGUGAAUGGUGAUCAUAAUGAACCCGUUCAAAUUUCGAAACAAAUAUCAAAUCUAGCCAAUGGCCAAUAUAUUUAUGGCCGUAAUUUUCUUGUAAUCGAAAAAGUUUCGAUUGAAGAUACGGGAAUCAUUUCUUGUGUAGCUAACAAUUCUAAUUCCAUCAUACGACAUGAAAUGUUUCUGUUUGUCAAAAGUUUCUUACAAGUUUCACUUCAUACGACAUCUUCGAUUCCAUUUCCCGGACAAGAUGUCACAUUAAGCUGUAAUCUGACAGCUGUAUCAUCAUUAUUUUCUAAUGUUCAAUCGAGUGCCUUUUCUAGUUCAAAUAUAUUUGCUACUGAACAAAAUUCAAAUCAAAAUAAUCAUCAUUUUCAUGAUCAACAACGACAACAGGAGAAACGUUUUCGAGAAUUAAUUAGCUCACAUUUUAUGCUCAACAUUAAUUGGUAUCAUAAUGGACAAAUGAUCAAUUAUGAUCAUCGUAAAAGACGUUCAGCUGAAGAACUUUUACUAAUCAGAGAUUUCCGUGGACCAGAAGAUAACGGUGUAUAUCAAUGUUCAAUACGAUUGACUGCUCCGGAUUAUGAUGAUGAAUCAUUUAUGGCCGCCAUUCACAUCAAUUCUAUUGAAAAACCACCAGAGUUUGUCGAUGUUUUUACGGAUCAAAUAAAACAGAUUGAUGGUCCGAAACGUGAUUUUCUUUCAUUGAAAUGUUCCGCUUACGGAAUACCAGUGCCAAAAAUUAGUUGGUUUCUUGAUGGCAUAGAAAUAUUUUCCAAUGGUCACGUUCGAAUUGAAACUUUCACUGAAUCAUACAAUGGUAUGGCUCAUUCACAAUCAUCAUCUUCUUCUUCAUCAUCAUCAGCAUCCUCAUCGGUAGCAUCACGAUCUAUGCUUGCUGUAUCCUAUCUUAACAUAAGUUCCUUACAUUCUAAUGACGUUGGAAUAUAUGAAUGUAAUGCUGAUAAUUAUUUAGCCACCAUAUCACAUAGAGCACGAAUCAAUCAAAUGGGCUCACCUUUCAUAAAACCAUUGAGUAAUCAAACUGCAGUACUUGGCAAACCCUACACUAUUAAUUGCACGUACGGUGGAUAUCCGUUAGAAGAAGUUUAUUUUGUUAAAGGGAGAAUUGACAAUAAUAAUGAUGGUGGUGGAAAAUCAUCGUCCACCGGUAGUUUAUCAUCCAGUAGUAAUGGUGGAUUAAAACGAAUGCCAUUUGAUGAACGACAUUUAGUUCCAAUGCUUGGUUCAAUUACAAUAACUGUAGUGGAAAAAAGUGAUCAAGAUUAUUAUCGUUGUGUGGUUGUGACCAGUAAUGGACAAAAAGCUGAACAAGAAUUUUAUUUUCAUGUUGCUGUUGCUCCGGUCAUCAGUCCAAUUGUAUUUUCGGAUAAUUUUGAAGAAGGAAAACGUGGAUCAGCUGUCUGUACAGUAACUUCUGGUGAUCCUCCUAUACAGAUCUCAUGGUUCAAAGAUGGAAUACCAUUAGAAUCGAUAAAAACAACAAGUUCAUCAACGCAUGUUCGACCAACUAAAUCUCAUCAUUAUGCUCAUCAUUUAAAUCAGAUUCAAAUUGUACCGAUAAAUGAAUUUAUGUCAUCAUUGAUAAUUGCCAAUAUUUCUCGUCAUCAUCAAGGCACUUAUACUUGUGUGGCUUCAUCACCGAUUGCAACGACAAGUGUAUCAGAAUUUUUGUCAGUUAAAGCAAUUCCACAAUGGUUAUUGAAACCGGUAGAUCAAAAUUCUGUUUCAGGUGAAUCACUAACACUUGAUUGCCAAACUUCAGGUCAGCCACCUCCUGUAAUUCGUUGGAAAUUUCUAAAAAAUGAGCCUUAUCGAAAUGAACCAAUUCCUAUAUUGAGUAGCCAACAGAUUCAUGUAUUGGAAAAUGGUUCAUUAUUUUUACGAGCUUUAGAACCAAAACAUUCAGGAAUUUAUAUCUGUGAUGCAUCAAAUGAAGUUAGCAAACAUCCGAUCGAAUCUCGUGCCUAUGUAACUGUCAGCAGUUUGCCAAAAGUAUCCAUACAGAAUACAUUGGGUAAUGCAGCCGCAUCAUUGCCAAAUUUAAUUUCAAAAGGAUCAAAUUCACUAUAUCGUGGCUUCACAAUGGAUCGAUUAGUUUUACGUAAAGGAUCGCAAACACAGUUGAUGUGUUCAGUGAUUGGUCUUGAACAACCAAUGGUUGCCGAAUGGUUACGGCCUAACGGCGAAACAAGUGAUGAAUGGAAUGAAAAAUCCAAAACAAAAACUUAUCUUGAUUCAUCGCGUAUAGUAUUACGAGAGGAAAGUAAAAUGAAUGAAAAACGAGCUUAUCUAUACAUUAGCCAUGUUGGUCGUAUGGAUACGGGCAUAUAUUGUUGUAUGGGUAUCAAUACCAAUGGUUUUACAGUUUCAUUCAUCGAGCUUCUAGUUCAAGAACCACCAGAUAUGCCUGUCAAUUUUCGUGCACAAGAAAUCAAUAGCCGUUCGAUUACAUUGAAUUGGUCGAUCAGUUUUGGUGGCAAUUCUCCAAUCACUUCCUAUGUGGUUGAAUAUCGACCAACAACAACGUUUGACAAUGCAAAUACAAAUAAUAAUCAUAAUCAUAAUAAUGAUAAUAAUAAUAAUAACAAUAUCAAGAAUAAUAAGAAUGGACAACAACCGGAUAGCAACGAUAUUGAAACGAAAAUUCUAACAGCUAAAUCAUUGACAACGACCAUUACAAUCAAUGCUCUAAAUCCUUUAACGACAUAUGAAUUUCGUGUUUGUGCAAUCAAUGAAUUGGGUGCAAGUCCAUUUUCUGAUCCAUUAAUUAUUACCACCGAAAUGGAAGCUCCUUCAUUGAUUCCACUCGAUUUGCGAACAUUGGUGCUUGGUUCUCGGUCGAUCAAAUUGAUUUGGUCAAUUGUACUAUCAACGGAACCAUCAAUCGAACAGAUCGAUGGAUUCUAUAUAGGAUAUCGACCUGUCGUUUCAUCAUCAUCUACAAGUAACAGUGUUACAACAAACAAUGUUGUACAAUCAAGUGGAUCAAUCAUCGAUCCAUCUACUGGUAUCAUGAUGAUGAUUGGAGUCAAUGCUGCUGUUGAUGGUAGUAUUGGUGUUGGACGAGGAACAAUGAUGGAUCAAUCAAAUAAUAGUGGUGAUCAAAGUACAAACAAUAAAAACAACAAGCCCGUUAUAAUUUCUAACAAUGGUGCAGUCAAUAGUAAUCUAAAUAAUGGAAAAGUAAUACCAUAUACGUUUAAAACUAUGUAUGAAGAUCAUUCAAAAUUUGUAUCAUCAUCCAUGUUUUCAAUGGCCAUCAAUAAUAAUGGUUCACAAAGUGUAUUACAACGAUCAAAUAACAAUAUGACGACAUUUUGUGAAAUAAUUCAUACGUCAUCAGAAUCAGAUAAAAAAUCAAAUAAAUUUUAUUCCAACAAACAACAACAAUGGUCGACAAUGACGACGCAUCAAAAACCUAAAUUCAGUGGAUCAAAAUCCCGUAAUGAACAGAUUCGUUGUGUAUAUGAAUUUGUUGUUAAUAAUUUACAACGAAAAACACGAUAUGGAUUUAUUAUUCAAGCAUUUAAUAGUAAAGGAACUGGCCCAGUCAGUGCUGAAGUUUAUGCACAAACUUUGCUCAAAGAUCCACCAGGUAAACCUUCAAUAAAAUUGACUAACGUAAGCUUAUAUGAGGCAUCAUUCAUAUGGUCAUUAUCACAUAUCAACCAUGAAAAUGAAAUCGGCAAUGAAAUACUAAAUGAUUUUGAUAUGGAACAAAAUUCGAUCAAUAUUGAAGGCUAUAUUAUUUCCUAUCGUGCAUUGAUUAAACGUGUGACAACAUUUUCUAGUUCAUCAUUAGACGAAUCAUUCGAUCAAGCUGAAUUCAUCCAUUCCGAUUCUAUUGAUGAUGAUAGUGAUGAGCAACAAUUAUUUGGUCGUAAAUAUCAAGCACAUAAUUGGGAGACAAUAUCCGUUUCGGAAAAAAUUCUAGGAUACACAUUACGUAAUCUUCGAUGUGGUACGUUAUAUCAGGUUCGUGUGGAAGCAUUCAACGAAAUGGGCAGUGGUGAACCAUCGGAUGUAUUGCAAUUUUCUACACUUGGACAAGCACCAGCAGUUCCAAAUAGCAACGCAUUUAUCAUAUCCAAUAUAACUUCGGUUAUGUUAGAUUUGGAUCGUUGGAAUAAUGGCCUUUGUCCCAUAAUUAACUUUGCAUUACGUUAUCGGAUAAAAGAUUCGAAAUUUUUGUCAUCAUCAAACAUCGACAAUGAUAAUUCACGUAAUACGAACAACAACAACAACAAUAACAAUUGGAUAACAGUUUCAAGUUAUUUAAAACCAGAAUAUGGUGCAAUGUAUAUUAUUCGUGAAUUGAUGCCAGGUACUUGGUAUGAAUUAAGUAUAAUCGCUACUAAUGAUGCUGGAGAAACUGAAUCCCGUUAUCUAUUUGCAACAUUAACAUUGGAUGGUGCAACUGUCGAACCAUUGUAUGCAUCUGAUUAUAAUCGUAGACAUUUGGGCGUUAUUGGUGGUGUUAGUCAAACGGAUAGUAUAUUUGAAGAUCCAAUGAUAUUGAUACCAGCUACUUGUGCCAUACUCGUAUUGUUGGUUAUCGGUGCUGCAACCAUUUUCAUAUUUAUAACACGAAGUAAAGAAGCAUUAUCACGAACUGAACAUUUUUGUCGACAUCGAGAAAAUAGCCGAACUGACCAAUUAUCAUUGAACUUAUUUGCGAAAAAUUAUUCCAAAUCUGAUUUGAUACGUUCAUAUAACGAAGGUGGAAAUAGUGGCAAUUGUGGUGAUCCGCAUAAAUUAACUCAAAUAGAAACGCUAAAUUGUGGACAAUCAACGGAAAUGAUCAAUGGUGGACCAAUGAUGAAUAUGACAUCACAAUAUGUUGAGGGACCAACUUCGUUGACAUAUACCACCAGUGAUUGUGAUCCAAGUAGUUUGCCACCAAUUAUGGAUAAUGUUGGUACACCAUCAAAUAGAAUCGGUAAACUUGGCAAUAAUAGUAAGCCUAUGGUCGAAUCAUUUUAUUCAACACCAUGUAUUGCUACACAAUCGAAUUCAAUGUUGAACACACAAACCCAACAACCUUUGCAAUCAGCACAAUUAACCAAUUAUUGUACACAAACAUUGAACAAACCGAAAUCUGCACAAAUUUCAAAUGAAUUUCAUCAUCCUCAUCAUAUACAUCAUAAUCAUGGUGAAUCGGUAAUUAUCUAUGAUUGUGAUCCGAAUAAACAAACGUCACAGUCGAUUCAACAACAACAACAGCAACAACAUCCUUAUUAUACACAUUCACAAUUUCUUAAUCAAUGUCCUUUAAAUUCGAAUGACACAACUACGACCAGUACUGCGUUACAACAAUUAUCGAAGAAAAAAUCAGACAAAGAUCAUAUCUACGAACUUCCAAAACAGCAACAACAACAACAACAAUCAAAUUCAUCAACUAAGAUUGAACAAAAUGAUGCGAAUUUGGUUAUGAUGAUGAUGCAACAACAACAACAACAACAAUCGUCGAUGGGAACAAUAAAUUGUAAUAAGACAUUACAAAGCCCUCAUCGAAUAAGAACCGAUCAAACAGGAAACUUACGAAGUUUUCAUCAAGCAAAUUUUUGAAUUUGAUGAAAAUUCGCAAAACGUUGGUGAUAAUUCGCAGAAUAAAAUUAAUGUUUUUCCUCGAUUAUGAUUGAACUUAUAUUUCCUUUUGAU